GGGGCAGAGCCAAGCCGCUGCCUACCGAAUGUUUGAUUCUCUUUGAUAAUUGGCAACAUUGUUAAAACAGCGCAACCGCUACGCAGAAAAUCAAUAAACCGAGAUGUAUUCCUCUUUUUAAAAUGAGAACGUGACAAAACAUUAUUUAAUUCACCGAAGAAACCAUUUUUGUUUGAAAAAAUAUCUGUUGGGAUUUGAUGCUCAUUUUUUAUUUAUUUACAAAGUGAUGAGUAUUCUCAUAGUUACGGCGUGGUAAAACAACUUGCGCGUGUAUUUAUCAGAUUUGCUGCAAAUUAUAAGCUGUUAAAGAAGUGGAACUAGCGGUCAAGUGUAAAGGACAUCCCCUUACAAAGGAAUAACUUGAUUUUAAUGAAAUGCAAUUAAAAGAAAUCGCAAAUAGAAUAAACGCAAUUUCUUUUUUUUUUUCAAAUAAAAGGAAAGGCAUCCUCUAAAGGCGCAAACUAUAAGGGAUUUGACAUCACUGGGCUUAGUGUUGUUGUAAACUGAAGAAAAAACCAAAUCCUGAUCCAUUCUCAUAGUAGAAAUGGAGGAAAUGAACGGGGAGCUUUAUGGUGAUGGUUUAGUUAGUCUUGGAGAUGAGGGCUCUUUGGAAUCCAAUGAUAACGGUAAACAUGAGCAGGAUUGCAAAAUUUGCGACAAUAAGUUGUGCAGUCCACGUGUAUUGUCUUGCCUUCAUGUAUUCUGUGAAGCCUGCAUUGACAAGUUGAUGGUUAAUGAAGCUGGUGAUUCACUUAAAUUUGAUUUGGCUGUAGAAUGUCCAAUAUGUAAACAGGAAACAAAGAUGUUGGGUGGUGGAGCUGCUUCACUUCCUUCAGACUAUGUCCUCACAAACAUAUUGGAUGUUUCUACCAUGGAUCAAUCGGUCGUCUGUACUUGUUGCAAGAGUAAGGAACCAGCAGUUGCCAGGUGUACUGAUUGUUCGCAUUUUCUCUGCUCGAAUUGUAAUUCUGCCCAUGAAUUUAUGAGAUGCUUUGAAAACCAUCGUGUUGUGCCAUUUGAUGCCCUAAGAUCUUCUAAGGAGAAAACGGCUGUUCACAAGCCUAUUUUCUGUACCCGACAUGCUGGAGAAAGUCUUAAAUUUUAUUGCUGUGAGUGUGAAGUAGGUGCUUGCACUGAAUGUUUAACAGUGGACCAUAAAGUGGGAGAACAUCGCUGCGAACGUAUUGUCGACGCGGAACAAAAUAUUCGCGCAGAAUUAAGAAAUUUCAUCGUCGAAGCUAACACUCGCGCUGCCACAGCUGGUAGUGCAUCUGCUAAACUUGAUGAUGCAUUAGGGGACUUGCAACGUCAGCGUGAUGAUGCCGAGAGUGUUAUCAACGAGGCUUUCCGUGCUUAUCAAACAGCUCUUGAAAGAAGAAGAGAUAAAGCUCUCGAAGAGCUUGAACGUCUACACAAAGAGAGAGAGUUGAAAGUAAUGGAUCUCUUUGAUCGUGUAGACAAAACUGUGCAACGAAUUGAUUGUGCAUGUAAAUUCACAGCUAGACUUUUGCAUUGUGGAGAUGGCACUGAAAUUGUUAUGUUGAAAAAAACUGUAACCAGUCAAUUUGCACGAUUAUUGGAAGGCGCACCUGAGUUUGAUGUUAAUUAUUCAGUGGAGUUCAUUAGCAAAAUGGAUAGCUUUGAUGCGAAUGUCAAUGACACUUUUGGCACAUUCCGUACCGAAGCAACUAUAGCUGAAGAAAGAAAACGUGCCAGUGAAUCUUCUGCCAUUGCAUCCAUACCGUCAAAUUCACAUUCACCUGCUGUAUCUGUAACGAACGCGCCCGUUUUCGAUGAUUUCCCUCCCAUUGGCGUCCGACGCGUGACUGGAGUGUCUGGCGUCGGUAGCAUGGUUGGCGUUCCCGGAGUUGGAGUGGGCGGCAUGGGCGUGGGACCAGUGCCUGGAGUGGGUGUCACUAACACAAGCGUCAUUCCUGGAGGCGUUAAUCUCAACAACGUUGCAGGCGUUGGUGGUGUUCCUCCUCUCACUUCUAUGGUUGAGUACAAUUUGCAACAGUUGGCUAGUAUAGCUGAAAAAGACGUACCACCCCCUCAGCACACAUCACCUGCUCCUUCUUUUACAUUGGCCGAGUUAUUAGCUGGCGAUCUGAACUCUUCUCAAGCAUAUAACAAUCUUCAAGCUCUUGCUAAACUGGGUUUGAACACUGAAGUUAAUGGCUUCGGGGGUGUAGGCGGAGUCGGUGGGGUCGGUGGAAUGGGUGGCGUAGGACCUCGAGGCGUAUCGCCGGGAAGACCACUGCUGACACCUGCUGAGGAAGCUGCACUUGUAGCGCCCCCGGCACCCCUAGUUCGUGCUACCAAAGCUACACCUAUGCAUAUCAGAUUUAAAUUUGGACAACUCGGAGGUGGCAAAGGACAAUUUAAUUCGCCUCAUGGCUUCUGUCUCGGAAACGAUGAAGAUAUUAUUGUUGCCGACACUAACAAUCACCGCAUAACAGUCUUCGAUAAGUCGGGCACUCACAAGUUUAACUUUGGCAAUGCGGGCAAGGAAGAGGGUCAAUUAUGGUAUCCCCGAAAAGUAGCAGUUGUUCGCGCAACUGGAAAAUUCGUUGUGUGCGAUCGCGGUAAUGAAAGGUCGCGAAUGCAAAUUUUCACCAAAAAUGGACAUUUCCUGAAGAAAAUAGCGGUGCGGUUCAUCGAUAUCGUCGCUGGUUUGGCCGUUACUGCUGAAGGAUUGAUUGUCGCGGUUGACAGUGUCACACCAACUGUAUUUAUACUUUCUGAAGAGGGUGAACUCAUGAGUUGGUUUGAUUGCAGUGAGUGCAUGCGAGAACCAUCUGAUAUUGCCAUCAGUGGCAAGGAAUUUUACGUCUGCGAUUUCAAAGGUCACUGCGUUGUUGUAUUCGACGAGGAUGGUCGUUUCCUACGUCGUAUCGGUUGCGAGAACGUGACCAAUUUCCCGAACGGCAUCGACGUUUCGGACGCAGGAGAUGUACUGAUCGGAGACUCGCACGGCAAUAAGUUCCACGUUGCUGUAUUUUCUCGUGUUGGCGUGCUCGUCACUGAAUUUGAAUGCCCUUAUGUAAAGGUUUCGCGUUGCUGCGGUUUGAAAAUAACUUCUGAAGGAUACAUUGUUACUCUGGCUAAGAAUAAUCAUCACGUUCUGGUCCUCAACACCCUUUACAUUGUUUGAGGAGAAAGUCGUUGGCUGUAAGUCUGCAUACUACAAGAUCUCACAUUUAUUCCCUAUAUUUUAUAAUAAUUGCUGUUUUACAAAGCUUAAAUUUUUUUGCUAAACCAGUAUUUGACUACUUUGUUAUUUUAUGUUAAAUUUCAUGUUAGUAUCAUUUAACACUGACCACAUGCAGUGAACGAGUACGAAAAAGAUGUUUCGAUAAUGUAUAAUUAUUACAGUUUUCGCAAUGUAUUAAUUUUCGAUGUUUCUUUCACUGCUGUGGAGACAAGUCAUAUAUUUCCAAAGUAAUGUUUUCGUGCGUGUUUGAGUUGAUUCAAAGUAAUAUUUUCUUGCGUGUUUGGGUUGAUUCAAGUCCUAAUAUUAUUUUAUGAUUGCAUUUAGUUAUAGUAACAGAAAUCCAAAGGUUAGUAUAAUAUUAUAUAUUUUUAAAUAAGUCGAUUUUUUUCAAGUUUAGUUAUAUUUGGUCAUGGAAGGUCUGUUUUCAUCAUCAUUGAAUCUGAACUAGGAUUGAAGUCGCAAUAUAAUAUUUCAUUCGCCAUCAUCACAAAAAGUGAAGACUUCAAAUAUUUAGAUCUAGGUGAAUUUAAUGUUGAGUUAAUAAGACCCCUGUGAAACUUUUAAUACCAUAACCAAAUUUAACGUAACGAGUUCCCAUCGGCAGGGCUAUAUUUCGUUUCUAAAUUUAGCAGCUGGUAUGGUUCCUAGUUCGAGUGAAGAUAAAAAAAAAUGUCAAUUAGGGGAUUGCGUGAGUGUCGUCCCGAAAAUUAAUAUAUACGAAAAAGAUAUUUUAUUAGAAACAAUAUACGUACGUUUUAAAGGAUACUAAAAUUAUUAGUGAGAUUAGUGUUUGCUUGAACAAAUAUUACGCACAAUUGAGUUUGAAAAAAAUUGAAAAUUGUAUAAUAUUAUGACCGAGGGGACGACACUAAACUAACGUGCCAUCUAGUUUAGGUUAAUCUCGUAUACAAUAUUAUAUAUUGUCCGUUGAACAUAAUAUAUUUACCAUUUACAGAAUUCUUGUGUCUAUACAAAGUGUUUUCACGUACUCUUGUUUUGAGAGCAAACUAUUUACGUAUUUGAAAGAAAUUGAGAAAACAUUUAAAAAUUCACAUGUCUUGGUUAAUAGUAAUAAUUGUUGAGAAAACUUAAAAUUUUAUGAAACUAAUGUGAAUUGAUUCAAGAAGCAAUGCAUAGAUAUAAAGCAAUCUCAAUAAAUUAAAAAUAAAUAAAUAUAUAUACAUCAAUAUUAUAUAUUGAAAACAGUGAAUUUUAAUUUUUUAUAUAAUUAUUUGACCGUUUUAGCUUUUUUGACCGCCAUAAAAAUUAUAGCUAAUAGUGUAUGUUUAAUAGUUAUUUUAGUCUUUCGCUUAAAAACUACCUAUUACACUAUUAACACAUGUACACGCUUACUACAUUAACACGAUUGUUAACAGUGAAACCCAUAAAAUCAUUUCAAGUUAAUCAAUAAUGCUCCUUCAUAAUAUACAAAUGGUAUGUUAUUGGUAUGCAGCAUACUAAAAUUAGAGUCUACCUUCUUAAAAUAAUAAUAAUGGUAGUAUUGUUCUUAAUAAUAACCAAUUUUGCAGUUUAUAAACUCUUUAGAUCUUAGGAAGUUAGAUUUUGUCCAAUACAGUAAAUUGUUUUAUAUUGAGUAAUGGGACUAAGUAAGCCCUUUUAGUAAAAGAUGUUUGAAUUGUAAUUUACCAAAUGUAAUGACCCAUUAUUUUGCACUUAUAAUAUGAAUAGCAACUACAAUUGCACCAUUUGUUUUUGAUUUGGCAGUUCAAAUUUUUGACUCACCAUCUCAUUAAGCAGUGGUAACUGUGACUAAUAUUGUAGUAUGGUUUCUAUGUAGUAUGGCUAUUACAUUUGUGUUGUCAAUAUCAAUAUUCUAAAACGAAUCGGUACUUAAUAACAUCCACCUUUUAGUGUGAUAUUUUAUUUAAAAUUUGGUUUAAAAUGUGUUGCUCUCUAUUUUUGGGAUUCAAUUUCAUUUAUAUUUUGAAAAAUUGAUGUAAGUUGUGUGGUGCAUGUAAAGCAAUAUAAAUUAAAAAUAUUACACUUAAAUAAAUAUAUUAUAUAAAUAAAAGCAAUUUCACCUCGUAUAUUUGCUGAGUCAUUUACUUAUUAAAGAUAAAAAUUAUCUAUAUUAAAACAUUAUUAUAUACACUAAUGUUUGUACUUAAUUAGCAAUAGGUGUUUACUUUAUGUAUUUGUUGUGUAUUGGAACAGUUUUACAUUAUUCGAUAUGCGAAAUUUAAUGUGAUAUGAGCAAUAAUAGAGAGACAUUAUAUUAUCCAACAAUCUAAGACUUGCAUGACUCGAUAUUUUUAAAGACAUGAGUGUAUUUGUUGCUAUAAUGGCCUGAGGGAUGCCAGUGAUAAGUUCAAUUUGACUUUUGAGUCUGAAUCCUUUAUUGAUUAGUGAGUAACUUUUGGGUUUAUUUUUCAUAUUGUUUUUAAGUUAUUUGUUUCAGGAUUUUUGUCCCCAUAGUAUUAGGGAAUUUUAUUUUGUUUAUUUUAGCUAGGUAUAAAUGAGUCUUACACGCUGUUCGGAGCAGAGCACGUGUGAUUAAUACUCUCAUCGUUUUAUUGUUUUGUUUUAUUAUAUUUCGGGGCCUAUUGUAUUAAUAGUAUUUGGCCAGUGUGUUUAAGGCCUUUAGAUUUACGAAUUUUACUGCCAAAUUAUUUUCUUACGAUAUUUGUGCAUGCACAUAGUAAUUAUUAUUUUACUAUAUGAUAUGUAUAAAAUUAGUUAAUAAUUGUUGCCAAUUUUUGUUUUAAUAUUCAGGGUUUUAAUAUUAUGAUGUUCAAUUUUAUUCGUUGUCAUUGAUCAAAAUUAUUGAGUGUUAGUGAAGUGAAAUUAACCGAAAUAGAACUUAUUAUUGCCCCAAAGGGAGCGUCUAACGCUAUUAAUAUUGAUGCUUUAGAAUUGCAUAAAAUAAAAAGUGGUGUGAUAAGUUUUGGAUAAUUUUACAAAUUAUACUAUUUUGUGUCAUUUCCAAUAUUAAAAUUUGAAAAUGUCAAUAAAUUAUCUACUCAUAUUAUUAUUUAUUGAAAUUGCAAUGACAUUCGUAAUUAUAUAUUAUAAUUGAAAGUAUUAUUCUUCUGUACUAUAUAUCUCUUAUAUUUAUUUUGGUGGUAUAUUCAUCGAAAAAAAUCCUCUGUUCUUGCCAUACAUCUUAUCUAGAGAUCAGCAUAGAAGGUUUUGUAGAAAUUAGUCUUUUUCAAUUGAUAUUAUUACAAUAUAUAUAUAUACACACACAAAUAACAGUAUCACAAGUUUGCCUGUAUGGUGAUGUUGUUUAGAGAUGUUUAUUAGCGGUUGGCGCGGAUCGUGGCGCGUAUUCGUCACGUCUGCUUGGCUGUUUAAUUUGCCGUAGCCCUUGUCGCGGUGUGGUGGUGGAUUAACAGCAGAUCAGAAGGUAUUUUGUCCAUCGACAUUAUUCGAUAAUAAUUGUAUCAUUAGAGUACAUUACUGUAGCCUUUUUCGGGGAUCGUAAAAGUUACCUAUAUACACUUUAAAAGCAAUUUUGGUAAAUAUAUAUUUCUCUUGAAUCUAUAUUUCCUAUGUAUCCAGCAAUAAAUUACUUCUGUAGUUGUGUAGUGUCACAUUACGUGGUAUUAGCGCUUGUGAAUUCCCUGUAUGUUAGAGCUCGUUUUGUGAAUUGUUAGGAAAUUGAAGAGGGGGAGUUGUUGGAAUACAUUCAGGCAGUUCACAAUCUUGAUGCCAAGUAUUGUGAUAAUUGUAGGGUUCGCAGCGCACAAGGUGAGCUCUAAUGUUAACUCUCCCUAUUGGAGGUGGGCGUUUUGCCUAUUAGUGGCACCAAGCACAGGAUGUUGGGUUCAAGUGGAGUACUUAUUAUUUCUGGCAUUCAUAUUAUUAUUCGCAAUUAUUAAUUAACACAUAAUAUUGACUGUGGGUGAAUUUCAACAUUUUAUUAAUUGAUUAUUCCAUUAAAUUGUAAGUGUCCUUGUGACAAUGUGCUCAAAGUUUUUUUUUUAAUUAAUACUUCUUAUUUUUAGUCUCCACUGUUCCGAAACAACAAAAAUAAGAAUAAAAAGGUUGUGAGCUCUAUUCCCAUUGGAAUUUAAAGCCACAUGUGUGCUUGUGCAAUAAUAUCACAGUUUGGAUCUAGGCUUUUAAAUUAUUAUAGAUUAUAUUAUACAUUGUUGAGCUGAUUAAAAUUUAAUAUAUUAUUAUACCUUUUAAUAUUGUUAAAGAAUUCUAAUUGCAUUCCACGUCUUAGAGUGAACGAAUUUGAGAUAACCGUUUUCAGUCUACAUUAUACAAGUUAUUUUUUUUACAAUUAUAGGAUUAUUAGCAGUUGCCAAUGUUUUUUCCUUUAGUCAGUAAAAGUACAAAUAUUUUAAUAUACAAUUCUUGGGUACGUAUUGUAGUGAUCUUAUUUUUAAUUAAUUUCUAUAACUAUAAGCAUAAUUUUUUCAUUUUAAGCGGCCAUUUCGACGAUUCCUACCCCACAAAUUUUUCAGUAUAGAUAACAAAACAUAUCAUACGAAUCAAUUUAUUUCACUUAGAAUGCAACUCCUGUACUUUUCUUCUUUUUUAAGUGUGUGGUAAAAUGGCUAUUUUUUGUUUCAAAUUAGAUUUUAAGUAUAUUUUUAAGUUUCAAUGUUCUUUUUUGUUUUUUUUUUGUCAAUUUAUGUUCAAAUUUGAAAUUUAAAUUGUAAUGUUUAGUGUGAAAGGUGCAAGUUCCAAAAACGUAUUAUAAUUUUUGAUCCAAAGAUUUCAAUAAUUCCUUUAUUAUUUAAUAAUACUAAUUAUAUCGUAUCACCAGUACUCGAAAAUGACAUUUUGUGGAGUGUGUAUGCAUCGGUAUUCGAUAGUCGAACCUAGAAUUAAAAGAAUUUAUUCUGUAGAGUUGGUGCAGCCGAGCAGUCUCUACUAUAUUCUCUGAAGAAUAUAUUGCUCAAUGAUUUAAUUCUGUUAAAAGUAUUUUAAAACUUAGGAGUAGUCCGCGUGUUUAGUAAAAAUGUGGACUGCAAACAUGAAAUUAUAUCUAACAGACAAUACCCUCCGUAAAUAUUUGAAUAUAUAAAUUGUAAAAGUUGAAGUUUUAUUAGAUGUAGUUGUUCGCCUUUAUGGCAGUUUGCUAAAGUUUGCAAGCUGCACGGGGCUCCAGCAGCAUCAGCACAGAGGAUAGUUUGGCUCUGAAACCAUUAUACUAUACUGCGGUUUUUAUAUUAAGAGUUUUCGAUAUCACCACAAAUUAAAGCUUUGCACACUGGUCCAGUUUAACUGAUAGAAAUAGAUUUGAUGUAGGUAAUACGUUAAUACUCGAUUCAAAGUGCAGUUUAGAUAAUGUCUUCAGUAUUCCUAGUGUGGUGAUGUUGACUGCGCCAUUCGGAUAAUGUUGCCCCACAGUCAACGAAAAUUGUUAUGUAAUCCAUACAGGAGUCUCUGCUGCAUUGUGCCUAGAUCUUAGAAGUUAAUGGUAUCAAGGUAGAGUUAAUCUCAAAUGUUUUGGCUCUUUGAAUAUUCCACGAUAUUAUUUUUGUUGUUCAUGAAAAUGUAUUUACAUUAUAUACAUACACUUAGUAAUAUUGUAUACAUAAUAUACAUCGCGUGGUUUGUAAUUUGGUGUUAAUUUUAUUGUAAAGUUAAGAUGCCCAACUGGUUUGUCCACGUACCGGCGCUUUUUGAAGGAAUUCAGGCGCCGUCGAUUGAGUAUUACACCGGUUAGUUGUAGUCUUAAACACAAACUACAAGUUUUAUUAGUGGACGAAAAUUAAAUGCUAUUUAAAUUUUUUAACUGGUUGUACAUCUUACUUUGACCAAAUUAAAUGACCUCUGAAGUUACUUGAAGAAAGACAUUUGUCUCAGUGCACUCUUAGUUUUAGUUGGGUGCAGUAUCCAUGUAACUUUGGCGGUUUAUAAGUAUUUCUAAGUUUAUAUAAUGCAAACUGUGGCCAGGAGAACAACAACACACAGCAGUGUAAUUCAGAGCCUGCCUAAAAUAUAUUUUUGUCAUGAUUUUAUUUAGGUAUAUACAUGUUAUUAUUCACAUAUUACAGUUUUCUCAAUAUUAGCUUGUAUUUUAAUUAAGAAAUAAUCAUAUUUAACAUUGCCAGGUGAUCAGCAACCUGCACUUUAAUAUUUUUGGAAACUAUUGAACUUAAAUUGUACUGACUUUAUAAAUAUAUUUACUUCAAUAAAGAUUUUCCAUGCCACUA